UUUAAAACCCGGUGCACACCGCCCAGCCGCGCCCCGUCUGGCGCACCUCUUCUCUCCUCUGUAUCUUCAGCCGCAGCUGCUCUCCCGGCCCUGGUCCCGGCACCAUGAGCUUCGGCUCGGAGCACUACCUGUGCGCCUCCUCCUCCUACCGCAAGGUGUUUGGAGAUGGCUCUCGUCUGUCCUCGCGCCUCUCCAGCGCCGGUGGCGCGGGUAGCUUCCGCUCGCAGUCGCUGUCCCGCUGCAAUGUGGCCUCCUCGGCCCCGUGCUCCUCGGCCUCGUCGCUUGGCCUGGGCCUGGCCUACCGCCGGCCCCCUGCGUCCGACGGGCUCGACCUGAGUCAGGCGGCAGCGCGCACCAACGAGUACAAGAUUAUCCGCACCAACGAGAAGGAGCAGCUGCAGGGCCUCAACGACCGCUUCGCCGUGUUCAUCGAGAAGGUGCACCAGCUGGAGACGCAGAACCGCGCGCUCGAGGCCGAGCUGGCGGCGCUGCGGCAGCGCCACGCCGAACCGUCGCGCGUUGGCGAGCUCUUCCAGCGCGAGCUGCGCGACCUGCGCGCGCAGCUGGAGGAGGCGAGCUCGGCGCGCGCGCAAGCCCUGCUGGAGCGCGACGGGCUGGCGGAGGAGGUGCAGCGGCUUCGGGCGCGCUGCGAGGAGGAGAGUCGAGGGCGAGAAGGCGCCGAGCGCGCGCUGAAGGCGCAGCAGCGCGACGUGGACGGUGCCACGCUGGCCCGCCUGGACCUGGAGAAGAAGGUGGAGUCGCUGCUAGACGAGUUGGCCUUUGUGCGCCAGGUGCACGACGAGGAGGUGGCCGAGCUGCUGGCCACGCUGCAGGCAUCGUCGCAGGCCGCGGCCGAGGUGGACGUGGCUGUGGCCAAACCAGACCUGAGUUCGGCGCUGAGGGAGAUCCGCGCCCAGUAUGAGUCCCUGGCUGCCAAGAACCUCCAGUCAGCCGAGGAGUGGUACAAGUCCAAGUUUGCCAACCUGAACGAGCAGGCAGCGCGCAGCACGGAGGCCAUCCGGGCAAGCCGCGAGGAGAUUCACGAGUACAGGCGUCAGCUGCAGGCACGCACCAUCGAGAUUGAGGGGCUGCGUGGGGCCAAUGAGUCCUUGGAAAGGCAGAUCCUGGAACUGGAGGAGCGGCACAGUGCAGAGGUGGCUAGCUACCAGGAUAGCAUCGGGCAGCUGGAAAAUGACCUGCGGAACACCAAGAGUGAGAUGGCGCGCCACCUUCGGGAAUACCAGGACUUGCUCAAUGUCAAAAUGGCUCUUGAUAUUGAGAUAGCCGCUUACAGGAAACUGCUGGAAGGCGAGGAGACACGUUUUAGCACCAGUGGAUUAAGCAUUUCAGGGCUGAAUCCACCCCCCAAUCCGGCUUAUCUGCUCCCACCUAGAAUCCUCAGUUCUACAACCUCCAAAGUCUCAUCCACUGGGCUGUCUCUUAAGAAAGAGGAAGAGGAGGAGGAGGAGGCUUCUAAGGCAGCCUCUAAGAAAACCUCCCAGAUAGGGGAAAGUUUUGAAGAAAUACUGGAGGAGACAGUAAUAUCUACUAAGAAAACCGAGAAAUCAAUUAUAGAAGAAAGCACCACUUCAAGCCAAAAAAUAUAAUUCUGUCGCUUUAAAAAAAAAAAAAAAAGUUAAUGCUUAAGAGGGGAUAAUAUGCAUUUGACUUGUUAAAGAGCCUAUUCCUGAACCAAAACACCUGUCACCACUAGAAAAUAUCUUCAAGGCUUCAGUCUCCUAUCUAGCAUUGAACACUCCACUUUCUCUAAUAAGACAACCACCCCUUAGGUUGGAGCAAAGUGCAGUCCUAGAGCAAAUCACAGAGGAGUUAUCUAAGAACUCAGCUUUCUCACCUAAAGCUCAGGCUUCACAGCGUUAGAUGAUUCAGGUACAGAGGAAGUACAAACUAAGGUGCUAAAUCUGUGAUCAUCGUCAUUUGCUGUGAAUUGAAAUUAAAACUUAGAUUCGCUCACCAUACCCAGACCUCACCUGGCCCUAUAGUCUCAUUCUAGGUACCUAAAACAUAAGAUCACUGCCAAAGAUAAACCAAUGGUCCACAUCCACAGCACUCUGACGAAACUGCUUCACAAGUGAUAGGUGUUUGUUUAAUAGAAACUUCCUCCCUCCCCUCGAAAU